AUGGCUCAUUGUGUUGGAGGAACAUCGCCCAAACAAGAUUGUACGUCUGGAACGUAUAAUAACAAAUGUCCGGCUGGUCAGUAUUCCGAUGUGUCCGGAUCUACAAGUUGUAAAACAUGUCCUGCGGGUCAGGCGUGUCCAAUAGAUGGAACAAGUACACCAACAACAUGUGGUAGUGGACAGUACUCACUAGGUGGAGCCUCUACCUGUACAGAUUGUCCGAUUGGUCACACCUGUACGGACCCGACACAAGCCCCACAACUCUGUCCAGUUGGACGUUACACAGCAUCUACAGGUCAGUCUUCGUGUCAGGAAUGUCCAGCUGGAUCAAAAUGUCCAAAUCGUGGAGCACCUGUUGCAUGUGAUGCUGGUUACUAUAGCACCCUGGGAUUAGGUUCCUGUCUUCCGUGUUCACCAGGACAAUAUUCCUCGUCAGUUGGUUCUGGUGGAUGUCAAGAUUGUCCUGCUGGUUCUAGUUGUUUAAACGCCACCUCAACACCUGUAGCCUGUACACAAGGUUAUGUUGCACCACUGGGUAGUGAUAUAUGUACCCUCUGUUCAUCAAAUGAAAUCAGUGAUGUUAACAAUGUUGUCUGUCUACAGUGUCCUGCAGGAAAAGAAUGCAACAAUCCAACAUCUGAUCCCACUGAUUGUAGCAGUGGAUAUUAUUCGUUGCUAGGUGGCGGAACGUGUAUUCAAUGUCCAGCUGGUAGUCAAUGUCCCCAGACAACUGUUGCUCCUAGCAACUGUCCAUCAAAUACAUAUUCAACAGCUGGUCAGACAUCUUGUACAACAUGUCCUGGAGGUUAUAAAUGUCCUUCAGCAGCUGUGGCCCCUGUAAAAUGUCUUGCAGGAACAUUUAGCCCUAUAGGAUCCAUAUCCUGUUCCUCAUGUACAACUGGAAACUAUUGUCCCGAAGGUGCCUCCGCUGAAAUCCCCUGUUCAACUGGACAGUUUGCUCUAUCUGGAGCCGGAAGCUGUACAAACUGUCAAGCUGGUAAAUUCUGUAGUACAUCUGCCGAGCAAAAUUGUGCGUCUGGCACUUAUUCGCUAGGUGGAGCCACUGCCUGUACAAACUGUCCAGCAGGUUAUUAUUGUGCCAGUACGUCAACGGCCCCUUCAGCCUGUAGUUUAGGAUAUUAUAAUCUGGAAUCAUCCACUACAGCCUGCGUACAAUGUCCCGGAGGAUCACAAUGUCCGACAACAACAGCCGCACCCAUUAGCUGUGAUAUCGGUUACCUUAGUUCACCUGGUUCUACAAACUGUACCGUCUGCCCCCGUGGUUACAGUUGUCCUGACAACACAGACCCUACAACUAUCGUGGCAUGUGCAGCGGGAUCAUACUCCGUUGUCAGGGAAACCAUCUGUACUCCAUGUCCAACCGGAAAAUAUUGUCCUGAAACAGAUGAAGCAUUAGAAUUAAAUUGUCCAAGUGGCACGUAUUCCACCGGUUCUGCUACAGUCUGUACAAAAUGUCCCGCUGGUAAAAAAUGUCCGAAUGUUGAUGGUACAGGAAUCACCGAUUGUCUACCCGGAACAUUUUCACGUGCUGGAUCAACAGAAUGUUUAUCAUGUCCGUCUGGCUACUCCUGUCCUGAUUCAACAACGGAUGAAUUCUCGCGGUGCUGGCCUGGGUCGUAUUCUACAGGGGGACAAACAACAUGUACUGUUUGUCCAGCAGGAAAAGCGUGUCCUGUAACAACCCAGAAUCUAGAGAUAACUUGUGUAGAAGGAACGUUUUCACCGGGGAAUCAAUCAGUAUGUACUAACUGUCCUCCAGGUUACGAAUGUGCAACAACAAACUCGGACAGCAGAACACCUUGUGCAGCAGGAACAUAUUCUCUUGGCAAAGCUAAACAAUGUACACCAUGUGAUGAAAGCUAUAGAUGUCCAUUCUUAGAUCAAGGGGCACAACUCUGUGAUCCAGGUUAUUAUAGUGCUGCCAGGGCAAUCAACUGUACUGGUUGUGAGGCUGGAUAUUACUGUCCGACACCUGAAUUUGCCAAGAGAACCGAAUGCCCAGCAGGAACUUACUCAGCAGGUGGAGCCAUUUCCUGUACCGUGUGUGAUUAUGGAUUUCGCUGUUUAGCUGGAUCAACGGAGGCAGCACCACCAUCUGGAGCCUGUGCUAAGGGUGGAUGGUGUGAUGGGAAAGAGUUUUAUCCGUGUCCAGCUGGAACAUACAACCUGUUUAACGCCUCAACAAGUUUGGCAGCAUGUGUAGCUUGUCCAGCAGGAUUUUAUUGUGAAGGUCCCGGUGUAGAAGAUUUUAGUACGUUUUUAUGUCCAGAAGGCCAUUAUUGUCUACAGGGAACACCAAUGAGAACAAAGUAUCCCUGUCCAGGUGGGACAUACAACGAUAAAAAGAAUGCUACCAGUGAUUCCGCUUGCGUUUCGUGUCCAGCAACUAAAUUCUGUGUACAAGGAUCAGCGACAGAUGGUCAGAAUUGUCCAGCCGGAUUUUACUGUACGGGAGGUCAAGGAUCCGGUUUCCAGAACUCCUGUCCUGUCGGGACAUACAGUAGCCAACUCGGGUUAGAAAAUGCCACACAGUGUGAUAUUUGUCCAGCGGGAGCAUAUUGCCCUGCCGGUACCCAGGCUGAACCCACCGUAGCCCCGAUACCAUGUGACCCUGGCACCUAUAACCCUGACAAUGGAACAGGUCAUCCAAUCAACUGCCAUCGUUGUGAACCUGGCUUUGCAUGUCCUUUAGCCAAUCAAAUAGCUUCUACUUUACCAUGUAAAGAAGGUCACUACUGUCCACCAGGUACAAUAACAGCUGAUCAGUUUCCCUGUUUACCUGGUACGGUUACAGGUAGAACAAAUCUCACCUCAUCUGAUGAAUGUGAUGCUUGUCCACUCAGCUUUUACUGUGAUUGGGGUACAGGUGUAACAAUAAACCCUCCCCAGCCGUGUAAACAAGGUCAUUACUGUCCUCUACAGACGCCAUCACCAGACCGUUAUCCAUGUCCUGCUGGCACUUUCUCCAAUCGUUCCGAUCUUUACGCUGAGAAUCAGUGUGAUACGUGUCUACCUAACUACUACUGUAACGGUGGUGAAGCAGCACCAACCGACCUCUGUCCUCCUGGAUAUUAUUGUCCUGCGGGAACCAAGUUUGCAUCUCAAUAUGGCUGUCCUAAUGGAACGUACAACGCUUUCUAUGGUAAAUCAGCUCUCAGUGACUGUGUACACUGUACACAAGCCCAUUAUUGUGAGUUUGGUGUGGGUAUUGUCGAGGCGUGUCCCACUGGUACGUACAUGCCGUGGGGAGUCGUACCGAGCUCUGUAGGUAACACAAACAAUCUUAUAGGACCAGGAGAUCCAGCUAAAAGUGAAUCGGAUUGUCUCCCUUGCCCCGGAGGAUCAUUUUGUAUCCGUGAAUCAAUCAAUCCGACCGACUGCGGAACUGGUUUUUAUACAAAGCCUGGUCAGUCAUCAUGUAAAGUCUGUGAACCAGGUUAUUACUGCGAUAAUGCCACUACGUCCGAGGAAGCCAUGUUGAAUUCCAAGAAAUGUCCUGCAGGAAAAUUCUGUGUUGGAGGAUUGAAGGCUGUUUCCGAGGCAACAGAUUGCACCGUGGGAAAAUAUUGCCCCGAAGCAACCUCAGAAGAGAUCAACUGUCCAGUAGGAACCAUACGUAAAACUGUUGGGGCAGCAGACGUGAACACUGACUGCGCUCCCUGUACCCCUGGAUAUUACUGUCAGGAGGGAAGUUCCGUUGAAACAGGUCCGUGUAAAGUGGGAUAUUAUUGUCCAAGUCCUGUUACCAAUCCAUUCGGAGUGGAACCUCCAACCAUUGGAGGGUAUGGAAAUGAUCAGGAACCAUGUCCAGAAGGAAGUUAUACAGAUGUUGUAGCAACCCCAGACCUAGCCAGUUGUAAACCUUGUCCUGUAACCAAGUACUGUCCUCUAGCAACCAGUCAGCCAAUAGAUUGUCCUCGUGGAUAUUACUGUGGAGUUAAUUCAUCCAAACCAGAACCCUGUCCUAUGGGGCGCUAUGGAAACUCAACAAAUCUGGAGAAGUUAGAAGAUUGUACACUAUGUGAUCCGGGUUGGUAUUGUGAUGCUCCAGGUCUCCUGCAGGCCCGAGCACCAUGUGAUCCAGGAUAUUUAUGUUUAGAAGGUGCCAAGACUUCCGCUCCUACAGAUGGCAUCACUGGUUCUAUUUGUCCUGCCGGAGGAUAUUGUGUACUAGGAUCGUUUGAGGCUAAACCGUGUCCAGCAGGAACGUACAGUAAUGUAUCCGGGGCUGUCAAUCAUUAUGACUGUUACCCAUGUGACCCAGGAUAUUACUGUUCCUCUAUAGCAGGCGGAGAACCAACAGGCCCCUGUUGGGGAGGAUAUUUCUGUACAGGGGGCGCUAAAACACCACGUCAGAAUAUCACAGAACCAGGUUAUUAUUCACCCAAUGGAUCUGUAGCUCAGUUAGAAUGUGGUAUUGGUACCUAUAUGCCGUAUUAUGGUUAUAGCGAAUGUUUCGAAUGUCAACCAGGGUUUUAUUGUCCUAAUAAAACGUUAACGGAUCAAGUAGCGUGUCCAGCUGGGUAUUAUUGUGGUAACGGUAGUUUUGUACCAACAGAUUGCCCUCCUGGUACAUUCUCCAACAGAACUCACAUGUCCAGCAUAAACGAUUGUACCGUCUGCCCAGCGGGUUCCUACUGUCAAGAUCGUGGAGCUACACAACCUGCAGGCCUGUGUAUAGCCGGACAUAUUUGCUAUGGUGCUGCCUUGGAUGACAGUCCUGUUUACAAUAAUGACACAUCUGGUAAUAAGACAGCCAUUUUGUUUGGAGAUACAUGUCACCCUGGUUACUAUUGUCCGGAAGGAACAUCAUUGAUGAUCGCGUGUCCACGUGGAAAGUAUAAUCCUGACCGUAGCGGAAAAGAUGAAUUAACAGCCUGCAAGUCGUGUGAUCCUGGAAAAUAUUGUAAUGGCACUGCGCUAACGGAACCAUCAGGUCCUUGUAAUGCUGGAUAUUACUGUCUGGGUGGAUCAUGGUUACCAGAUCCUAUUGAUAACAUCACUGGAAACAUCUGUCCCCAACAUCAUAUCUGUCCAGAAGGUACCGAUCAACCAAGAAUCUGUGAUAUAGGAUAUUACGCUAAUAGUACUGGACAAUCUAUCUGUCAACUGUGUCUAGCUGGUUUUCUUUGUUAUCCAGAAGAAGCUCCCAUACUCUGUCCACAAGGAUCAUACUGUAUAGCUAGUACUGUUCUCAUACCAAUCAGACAAGGCGAUCCAUGUCCAGCCGGAACAUUCGGAUCACGAGAUGGAUUAACACAACAAUCAGAAUGUACUCCCUGUAUUUCGGGUCAUUAUUGUGAAACUCCAGGUUUAACGAAUGCUACAGGUAAACUGAACCCAGGAUAUUGGUCUCAGUCAGGAUCUAGUAGUCCCACACCUGAAGAUACUGAUAAUCCUGAUAGAGGUGUCUGUCCUAAAGGUUUCUAUUGUCCUGAAGGUUCACCAGCCCCUAUAUCGUGUCCAGUAGGAACGUAUGGGUUUGCGAUACGAUAUGGUGAUGUUAAUAACUGUAUAAAAUGUCCUGGAGGAACGUAUUGUCCGAAUGUGAACAUGACGAGCUCGGGACCACAGUGUGAUGCAGGAUAUUAUUGUAGUAGUGGAUCAUCUGAUGCAGCACCUGUUGGCCAGGUUUAUGGAGAUGAAUGUCCUCCAGGAUAUUAUUGUCCGUCUGGAUCCAGCGCACCACUACCAUGUCAAGCAGGAACGUACACCAAUCAGACACGAAGUACAACAUGUCUGGAUUGUCCAGCCAGUUAUUACUGCCUUGUCAAUACCAGUGAUCCCAUCCCGUGUCCGGAAGGUCAUUGGUGUCCAAUCAGAUCGGAUCUACCAUAUACGAACCCAUGUCCAAUCGGAACUUACAAUAAUGAAACCGGGAGAGCCGUGCAAGCUGAUUGUCUUCCUUGUCCACCUGGUAAAUAUUGUGGUAGUACUGGAUUAUCCAGUCAUACAGGUGAUUGUGAUCCUGGAUGGUAUUGUCUACAGGGUGCGGUAUCAGCCCGACCAUCCGUGGUUAUACAAGGUGGACAAUGUCAACCUAGUUAUUUCUGUCCUGGCGGUAGCGCCAAUCAGAUACCCUGCUCACCUGGCCAGUUCUGUCAAGAUACAGAGUUGUCUUCUCCCAGCGGUAAUUGUAGCGAAGGUUAUUACUGUUUAUCAGGAUCACCAACAUCAACACCAGUCGGACAGGCCUACGGUGAUGUGUGUGGUAUGGGACAGUUUUGUCCACCAGGUAGCGCCAAUGGUACGUAUUGUCCUCCGGGAACAUACCUUAACGUCACAGGAGGACGAACAGAAGCGAACUGUCAGACGUGUGUUCAGGGAUCAUACUGUGCUGGUUAUGGGAAUGUACAACCAACGGGUCCGUGUGAUGCUGGUUAUUAUUGUCCAGUCAGCAUGAAUAUUUCAAGUCCUGCUGAAUAUACAUGUCCAAUAGGUCAUUAUUGUUCAGCGUCGGGAAGUCACGAACCAAUCAGAUGUUUGAGUGGAACAUACCAGGAUGAAACAGGUCAAGGGUCGUGUAAAACAUGUCCGUCUGGCUAUUAUUGUGAUAACGUUAAAAACCCUGUUGUUCUUUAUAAUGAUAGUCUCUGUCCUCCAGGUCAUUAUUGUCCCGAUGGAACCAAGUUUGCCAUGGAGUAUCGAUGUCCGCGUGGAACUUUCAGUAACGCAACUGGUGUACAGAACAUCACUGGUUGUCAGGAUUGUCCAGGUGGUUAUUUCUGUGAUCAAGAAGCACAAACAGAAUAUAGUAAAAUAUGCCAAGCUGGAUAUUUCUGUCGACGUAGAGCCGUUUCUGGUACACCAUCACAAGGUCAAGAUGCUGACCUCUGUCCUGAAGGUCACUACUGUCCGAGUCAGACGUCGGAACCAGAGAAUUGUCCACCAGGAACUUUCUCUAAUCUGACAGGUUUAACAUCCAGAGAUCAAUGCCUGAACUGUACUCCAGGAUUUUAUUGUGCGGAGACCAAUUUAACAGCGCCGAGUGCAGAAUGUUGGGGAGGAUAUUAUUGUCCAGUAUCAGCUAUCAUUGCCACGGAGAUUAUCUGUCCUGUCGGAAGUUUCUGUCCGAACACAAGUCACGUACCUCAACCCUGUAAUAAAGGAAGUUUUUCGAACCAGACGGCACUGAAAUCGCAAUCUGAGUGUACAGUAUGUCCCGGAGGCUCGUAUUGUGAAACGGAUGGAUUGACGCAACCAACAGGUUUAUGUGGGGAAGGAUACUUCUGUCCAGAGGGAAGUGUUGCUAAGGAACCAGUAGCCUCAUUCUGCCCUAUUGGUAAUUUCUGUCCUGAAGGAUCAUCUCUACCACUGCCCUGUAGAAACAACAGCUAUGUGAAUCACACCCAUGCUGUUACAUGUUACCCCUGCCCUGCGGGUUAUUAUUGUGAACAACAGGGACAGAGUGAGAUUUGUCCGCAGGGGUACUACUGUCCCGCUGGUACGGGAUUAGAUUGGAUAGCUUGUCCGAGGGGGACGUAUAGUGACAUAAGUGGAUUGUAUGAACUGUCCCAGUGUAAACCAUGCCCACCUGGAAAAUAUUGUGGUGGAGUCCAUCUUACAUCACCUACAGCUGAUUGUGGUCAGGGACAUUGGUGUGUUUCGGCCAAUGACAGAGAGUUCCCUCAUGGUGUCAACCAAUCAGAACCCAUGAAUGAUACGUGCUAUGAUGAUAGAAUGAUUGGUUUUGGUGGAAUCUGUCCUGUGGGCCAUUACUGUCCUGGAGGCUUGGCUAGUACCUAUCCUCUACCCUGUCCUAAUGGAAGGUACGCCAACUCAGAAGGUUUAGCAGCAUGUUUAACAUGUCCGCAAGGCUACUUCUGUCUGGAAGCUACAUCUAAUUAUUCGAUCAACCCAUGUCCAAGUGGUUAUUACUGUCCGCAGUCAACUCAACGAUUUAACGAGUAUCCAUGUCCUGCUGGUUCCUAUAACAACCAGACAACUAGAACAGACCUAUCGGAUUGUCUCCCUUGUCCAGCUGGACAGUAUUGUGAACAAUCUGGAUUAUCCGAACCGUCUGGUCUGUGUUCCCAUGGUUACUAUUGUAGUAAUGGAUCCGCUACAGCGACACCAACGGGAACAGGGGGAGAUAACUGUGUUGCUGGAUAUUAUUGUCCUGAAGGUUCUGGGUUCCCCAUGCCAUGUAAACCAGGUCAUUACUGCUCAACAGAUCGUCUUAACGACACAACAGGCCUGUGCUCAGCAGGUUAUUAUUGUUCAAAGAUGGCUACCAAACCAAACCCAACAGACGGCAAUGUUACAGGUGAUAUAUGUCCAGAAGGUUCGUAUUGUCCUACAGGUAGUACCACACCUACUUUAUGUCAAUCAGGAUAUUACCUGAAUAGUACAGGUAACGAUGCUGUAGGUGAUUGUAUAUCAUGUACACCUGGUUUAUAUUGUAAUGGUGGAGGUAACAUUCUACCUGAUGGUCCAUGUAAUCCAGGAUACUAUUGUCCAGGCGGUCAAGAUAACCCACAACCCCUGGAGUUUAACUGUACUGUCGGUCAUUACUGUCCUGAAGGAAGUUCAGCCCCUGUCCGAUGUGAUAGCGGAAGUUACCAAGACGAGAUUGGACAGUCCGUCUGUAAAGCGUGUCUGCCCGGAUAUUAUUGUGACAGUACCGUCGAUCCAGUCAUCAAUUUAUCCAACAACAGUUGUCCUCCUGGAUUUUACUGUCCAAUCAACACCACACGAAGUGAUCAGUUCCCGUGUCCAGUCGGAACAUUUAAUAACUUGACUCACCGAACGGAUCUGUCAGACUGUAUGCCGUGUUCGGGAGGAGAUUAUUGUGAUCGGGAUGGAUUAAGUGAACCCGUAGGUAAAUGUUCCCCGGGAUAUUUCUGUACGUCUGGUGCCAACAGCUCAACACCAACUCAAGGAUCAGAGGCCGAUGUUUGUCCAGUAGGAUUUUAUUGUCCUGAAGGAAGUAGAGUUGCCUCUCCUUGUCCACCUGGCACAUAUAAUCCUAGCGAGGGAAGAGUUGAUGAAACACAGUGUCUGAACUGUACGGGCGGGAACUACUGUCCAUCAUGGAACAUGUCAACUGUUGGUCCACAGUGUCAAAAAGGAUAUUAUUGUCCAAGUCGAGCAGAUGUAACAAACUUUAUUCUAUGUCCUGUUGGCUCGUACUGCCCAGAUGGGUCAGAUAUACCACGCCAGUGUCCACCAGGUACCUUCUCUAAUACUACAGGACUGGGUGAUGUUUCUCAAUGUACAAAUUGUACUGGAGGUUUCUAUUGUCCAGACCCAGGCAUGACAAGUGUGACUAACAUGUGUUGGGGUAGUUACUAUUGUCCAGGAGGACAGUCUGUGCCUAAUCCAGUAGAAUAUCUCUGUCCACAAGGUCUGCAGUGUCCAAAUGGUAGCGAAAUUUAUAAGGAAUGCUCUGAUGGAUCCUACACCAACUAUACCGGAGCUAGUUCCUGUGAUACCUGUCCGCCUGGUUAUUACUGUCUACCAGUUCAACCAGAAAAUUCUACCUUGAAUAUCCAGUCUUGUCCAGCCGGAUACUAUUGUCCAGCAGGUACAGGAUUUGAUUGGAAGCCCUGUCCUACUGGUACGUACAGUGAUGAAGAAACAUUGUCCAGUUCUAGUGAAUGUAAAGCAUGCCCUGGGGGACAGUAUUGUUCUGGACUGCAUCUAACAUCUCCCAGUGGAAACUGUACAGCAGGUUUUUAUUGCACAUCAGGUGUGGAUAGAUCAGCUCCAGGAUUAGCCAAUGAUACGACACCAGCCAACUGCUCAUGCCCAAAUCAAAUGUAUUUUACGGGAGUUGGUGGAAUCUGUCCUCUAGGCCAUUACUGUCCAGAGGGCAGCACAAUAGCACUACCAUGUGAAGCUGGAACAUACGCUGAUAGAAUCGCCCAAUCAGGAUGCAGUAACUGCUCAGAAGGAUUUUAUUGUUUAGCCAAUGCGACAGAAUUCCUGUCUUCACCUUGCCCAACAGGUCACUUCUGCUUGGAGGGUACGAAGUACGACACAGAAUAUAAAUGUCCGCCUGGUACUUACAAUCCUAGCGAGAAGGGUACAUCACUAUCCAGUUGUCUACAGUGUCCUGGUGGUCAGUUUUGUCAAGGGGAAGGUAACUCUAAUGCUACAGGUAAUUGUAGUAGCGGAUGGUAUUGUUCUGGCGGUGCGGAUCAACCCAACACAACAACAAAUGGAGGAAGAUGUCAACCAGGCUACUAUUGUCCUGAAGGUUCCUCCGAUCCGUUGCCAUGCCCACCAGGUCAGUUCUGUCAAACAGAUGGCCUUGACCUUCCAACAGGAAACUGCUCAGCUGGAUAUUUCUGCACACUCAAAUCAUCAACUGCUACACCUACAGAUGGAGUUAUGGGAGAUAUUUGUCCAAGUGGUUAUUAUUGUACGGAUGGAGCUCCGUAUCCUAGUCCUUGUCAACCAGGCACAUACAGUCCUAAUGAAGGAAAUCUAGCUUCGAACGACUGUUUGCCAUGUUCGUUUGGUGAAUUCUGUGGUGGCUACAAUCUAACAGGAACAUCAGGGAAUUGUACGGCUGGAUACUACUGUCCACAAGGGGAGAGAACCCCAGACUCGCUACUCUGUACUGUUGGUCACUACUGUCCAGAACAUACUGCAACACCUAUUCUCUGUCCUAGUGGUUGGUACCAAGAUGAAACUGGCCAAUCAGCAUGUAAGAUCUGUCCUGGAGGAUUCUAUUGUGAUAAUAGUUUAGGGGUGGUAGUUAUCAAUGACACUAUCACCUGUCCAGAGGGAUUUUAUUGUCCACCAGGAACCAAACGGAGUGAUGAGUAUCCAUGCCCGCUUGGAACAUACAGUAACACUACAGGUCUCAACUCUAGUCAAGAUUGUAGCCCUUGUCUAGGAGGUUUUUACUGUGGGGAGGUGGGAAAAGCCUCACCUACGGGCCCAUGCGAAGCUGGAUAUUUCUGUAAGAGAUUUGCAAUGAUGUCGACACCCAAUCAAACCAAUGAUGCUGACAUCUGCCCACAAGGAUCGUACUGUGAGCAAGGAACAGCUUAUCCAUCACCUUGUCCUCCAGGAACCUAUGGUGCUACAACAGGAUUGAGAAACAUCACAGAAUGUACAACAUGUCUAGCAGGAUAUUACUGCCAGUCGUCAGGAUUAACAGAUAACGAAGGUUUAUGUUUGGCUGGUUAUUUCUGUGUAAAUGGUUCAUCAACACCACAGAGUGAACUGUGUACUGUAGGUAACUACUGUCCUGUAGGCACAGCUGUUCCACAAGCUUGUUCUAGAGGUACGUUUAACCCAUAUCUAGGAUUGAAUUCCUCGGACCAGUGUACGCCAUGUACGGAAGGUGAAUAUUGUCAAACAGAUGGCUUGUCAACACCAACAGGAUCUUGUGAAGCAGGUUUUUAUUGUCCUGGAGGUCAGAAUUCAUCUCGACCAGCUGAUUACCCAUGCCCUGUAGCUCAUUACUGUCCACUCAACUCAUCUCAACCCAACCCAUGUAAAAACGGCACCUAUAUGAAUCAUACAAUGGCUGAAGAAUGCUAUGUUUGUCCACCUGGAUGGUAUUGUACAAAUGGAAACAUCGUCCAGUCUUGUCCAGAAGGUUUCUACUGUCCAUCCGGUACAGGAUUUGAUUGGUCACCAUGUCCACGCGGAACAUUCAACAAUCAGACAGGAUUAUCCAGUACCGAUCAGUGUACACCGUGUACUGGAGGAAGAUAUUGUGAACAACAAGGAUUAUCUGAACCUACAGGACUAUGUGAUCAAGGCUACUAUUGUAAAUAUGGUGUGGACAGAGCGCGACCUAACGGAGGAGGAAACAGAAGUCUGGUUAAUGGAUCUUGUCUUCUCAGUGGUGUGGAGACAGGUGAUGGUGGAUUAUGUCCCGUCGGUUUCUAUUGUCCAGAAGGAACAACUGAUCCGUUGCCAUGUGGGGCUGGUACCUUUAUAAACGUGACAGGGUUAAACUCGUGCUACGAAUGUCCUCAAGGUUUCUAUUGUUUAGAAGGAGCUGAGACGUAUAUCAAUACACCUUGUCCGUCUGGUCACUACUGCCCAUCAGGUACCCAAUCAGCCAAUCAAUACCCUUGUCCAGCCGGCACGUAUUAUAACCUUACCAUGGCCAGAGAUAUCAACGAUUGUCUCCCUUGUCCCGGAGGAGAUUAUUGUCAAACAGAUGGAUUAUCAACACCAACAGGAGCAUGUACACAAGGAUGGUAUUGUACAUCAAACUCCAGUAGUCCUACACCCUCCCCUCCGCAGGGCGAUUAUUGUCAACCUGGUUUCUAUUGUCCAAUCAGAUCAUCUGCUCCACAACCAUGUGACCCAGGAAAAUAUUGUCAAACGGCCGGUUUAUCAGAACCAACCGGAAACUGUUCUGCAGGUUACUAUUGUAUUUUACAAUCCACGAGUUCCGCACCUGGAGACAAUACAACUGGAAACAUCUGUCCUGUCGGCCAUUAUUGUCCCGAGACCAGCGCCUCCCCUACACCAUGUGGUCAAGGAUAUUAUCUGGACGUCCAACAACAAGAUGAAGAGACAGACUGUAAAUUGUGCUCACCUGGUAAAUAUUGUCCGGGAGUCGGAGAUGAAUUGCCAGUCGGUAAUUGCAGUGCUGGGUUUUAUUGUCCCGGUGGUCAAAAUACAUCAACACCAUCAGAAUUUAAUUGUCCAGUCGGCCAUUUCUGCCCAGUGGGAUCUGAUACUCCAGUACGAUGUAUGAAUGGUACUUAUCAAGACACCGUCACCCAAUCAGAAUGCAGGAUUUGUCCUGCUGGUUAUUUCUGUGACAACACCAUGGGGAUUGUUUUCCUCGACAACUCAACAACUUUAUGUCCGAUGGGAUACUACUGUCCACAAGGAACAAGAUUCAGUCAAGAAUUUCCGUGUCCAAUAGGAUCAUUCAACAACAGAACAGGUUUGUUGUCGGUGAGUGACUGUACACCAUGCCUAGGUGGAUACUACUGUCCUAUGGUCGGCAUGGUAACACCUACAGAUGUCUGUGAUGCUGGAUAUUUCUGUAAACAAUCAGCCAAUAUAUCAACACCUGAUCAAGGCUCUGAUGCCAAUGGUUGUCCCAUUGGCCAUUACUGUCCAGCAGCAACUGCAGACCCGGUACCAUGUCCUAAAGGUAGCUAUAGCAACCAGACUAGAUUAGAAUCAUCUUCUGAUUGUACCGUUUGUCCGGCUGGUUCCUACUGUCAGCAGACGGCUAUGGUGGAAGUAUCUGGUCCAUGUGAUGCUGGAUUCUACUGUGAGACAGGAUCCAAUCGUUCAGACCAUCUGAUCUGUCCGAGAGGAUCAUACUGUCCUAUUGGAACAGGAACACCUGUCCCUUGUCCAUCAGGAACAUACAGUAAUACAGAGGGACUGGCUACUAUAACACAAUGUACAGAUUGCGAUGUUGGCAAAUAUUGUAAUAAUACAGGUCUAACAGCACCAUCUGGAGAAUGUGAUGCUGGGUUUUAUUGUCCAGGAGGUAAUAAUGUUUCUAAUCCAAAUGAAACACCUUGUGUGAUUGGUCUACACUGUCCAAUCGGAAGUGGUCUACCUAAACCGUGUGAAUCUGGAAGUUUUGCUAACUACAGUCAAGCUUGGUUGUGUGAUAUAUGUCCUCCUGGGUUUUACUGUGUUCCAGAAGAAGUAAUAGCAGGAAAUUCUACAUCAGGUCAUAGAUUGUGUCCAUCUGGGUUCUACUGUCCAGCAGGUACUGGUAGAAACUGGACUGCUUGUCCUAGAGGAACAUAUAGCAAUCAGCUAGGUCUCGGUGAUGUCAUGGAAUGUCAGCAAUGUACAGGUGGAGAUUAUUGUGAUGGAACCAACCUGACGGCACCUACUGGGAAAUGCGAUUCUGGUUUCUACUGUACCUUGGGCGUCGAUAUCCCCACCCCUGCUGGUAAUAAUACAGGAGAAGGAGGGAUCUGUCCUCCAGGAUAUUAUUGUCCACAAGGUUCUGUUGUACCACUAGGAUGUUCACCAGGAACUUAUCAGGAUAAAACUAACCAAGGUAGUUGUGAUGUGUGUCCAGGUGGAUAUUACUGUACUUCUAACAGUUCAAGUUAUAUCGAUAAACCAUGUCCGGUUGGUCAUUAUUGCCCUGAUGGAACCCAGUAUAGUACACAAUAUACCUGUCCGAUUGGUACCUUUAAUAACAUUACAGGACAAAAUAAUGUUACUGGAUGUGCUUCAUGUAGUCCAGGUUAUUAUUGCGCUUCACCUGGUUUAGAGACGCCAACAGGUGAAUGUCAAGCUGGUUGGUUCUGUCGAUCAGGAGCAGAAUCACAAACUCCUACAAACCCAGAUCAAGGUGGAAAAUGUCUAGCAGGAACGUAUUGUCCAACUGGAAGUACUGCACCAGUGGGUUGUGAUGAUGGUCAGUAUUGCGAUGCUGAUAUGAUGCCAGCACCAAGGGGUGAUUGUAUGGCUGGAUAUUACUGUGAUAAUAAUUCAACUACAGAUAGACCAACAGGAGUAGGCGGUGAUCGAUGUCCAACUGGUCAUUACUGUAUUCCUGGUACAGCUUCUGCAGCACCUUGUCCACCUGGGACCUAUCAACCUAGUGUAGGAGCCGAAAAUGCCACCUGGUGUAUCAUCUGUACAGCUGGUAAAUUCUGUAACUCUUCUGGAUUAACAACGCCAGAUGGAGAUUGUAGUCCAGGUUAUUUCUGUCCAGAAGGUCAGACUACCAGUAAUCCGAGCAUGUAUGAAUGUCCUGCUGGGUUCUAUUGCCCUGGUGGCACGAGUUCUAGUCUACAGUGUCCAUCUGGUUACUAUCAAGAUAAACCAGCUCAAUCAGCUUGUACAGAAUGUCCUUCAGGCUUUUAUUGUGAUUCAUCUGUUGGUCCUAUCACCAACUACACCCUCUACACGUGUCCAUCAGGACAUUAUUGUACAAAUGGAACGCGUGUAUCUGGAGAGUUUCCAUGUCCUGCUGGAUCCUUUAAUAAUAUAACUGGUAUACAGUCUGCUUCUGAUUGCUUCCCAUGCUUAGGUGGUUAUUACUGUUCUGGAGGAACCGUGUAUCCCAGCAUGCCAUGUUCAGCUGGUUAUUACUGUCGAUCUGGUGCGACCACAGCGGCACCCCAGCAAGGAUCUGUAGCCGAUAGUUGUCCUGUCGGCCAUUACUGCCCAGAACAAACAACAGAACCAAUCAAAUGUCCACCGGGAACCUUCUCCAAUAACACCAAGUUGAUGAAUCUGACAGAUUGCACAUCUUGUACUAAAGGCUGGUAUUGUGAUGAUUAUGGUCUAACAGAACCUACUGGAGAAUGUGAUCCAGGAUUUUAUUGUGUCGAAGGUUCAAGUAAUUCUGCUCCACAAAUUUGUCCUGAAGGCAGAUAUUGUCCUAAAGGUACUCACACACCUGUGAGAUGUCCGUCAGGUACAUUCUCUAACGCAACACGACUGUCCGCUGUAACUGAAUGUACCAACUGUACAGCUGGCUUUUACUGUCAGAAUAAUGGACUAACAACGGAAGAAGGGGCAUGUCAACAAGGAUACUACUGUCCAGAAGGAUCUGUUGUUGCGACUAGUAUAAUCUGUCCUAUUGGACUCCAUUGUCCAGCCAGUUCCGGUGAACCUAGAUCAUGUCUGCCUGGUUUUUACACCAACAGAACAGGAUUAUGGGAUUGUGAUAUUUGUCCGAAUGGAUUUUAUUGUUUACCUGAGAAUGUAACAGCUGGUGACCCGACGUCUGGAUAUUUCAACUGUCCACCAGGAUAUUAUUGUCCAAACGGAACCGGAUUAGACUGGCAGCCGUGUCCUAAAGGAACAUAUUCACAACAAACUAAUCUAUUUAAGGUAUCACAGUGUAAGGAUUGCGAUGGUGGGUAUUAUUGUUCUAUAGAAGGAGCCACCAACGUGACAGGUGUCUGUGAUGAGGGAUAUUAUUGUCAAUCUGGUGUAGAUCGAUCAAACCCUGAUAACUCGGCAACUAACAGUUCCUAUCCACCAUCUUGUCCAUUAAUUGGUGGUCAUACAGGUUACGGCAAUAUUUGUCCUAUCGGCUAUAUGUGUCCUCGGGGUAGUGAACAACCAAUCAGUUGCGUAGCAGGAACAUACCAGAAUGAAAUUGGCCAAGCAACUUGUAAAUCAUGUCCAGAAGGAUAUUAUUGCCCAACCAACUCAACAGAUUUUGUGGAUAAACCGUGUCCAGUUGGUCACUAUUGUCCAAGCAAUACACCACAAGCAGAUCAAAGACCCUGUCCACCGGGCACUUUUAACCCCGCUGAAAAACAGAGCAAUCAAACAGCUUGUCUCUCCUGUACACCUGGCACUUAUUGUCAGACGACGGGAUUGGCUGCUCCAACAGGAAACUGCAGUUCUGGUUGGUAUUGUCUGGGUGGAGCUACCCAAUCGAUGCCGACUGAUCCCACAAAGGGAGGUAAAUGUCGUAAAGGUGAAUACUGUCCCGAAGGAAGUGAGAAUGUAACUUUGUGUGAUGGAGGUCAAUACUGUGCCACGGAACGAUUGGCCGAACCAUCAGGAAACUGUUCACAAGGUUAUUAUUGUACUCUUGGUGCCACGUUUCACAGUCCGUUUGAUGGAGUGACUGGAAGUCGGUGUCCAACUGGUCACUAUUGUCCAGUAGCAACUAUCUCUCCUAUACCAUGUCCUAUAGGAUAUUAUCUGAAUACACUUGGAAACAGUGCUCCAUCAUCUUGUAAAAUAUGUACACCAGGUAAAUAUUGUGGUUACGAGGGUUUGCCGACACCAGAAGGUGAUUGUUCUGCUGGGUAUUAUUGUCCUUCUGGUCAGGUGACCAGUACACCAGCCAAUCAUACAUGUCCUGAAGGUUUCUUCUGUGUCGGAGGUAAAGAAGCUGCUGAACCUUGUCCAUCAGGAACCCAUCAGGAUUCUGUCGGAGCUAGUGAUUGUAAAAUCUGUCCAGCAGGCUACUAUUGUAACGCCACCUUCACACCCGUCAUCAAUUACAACAUCUACGUAUGUCUGGAAGGUUAUUAUUGUCCAAAUAGAACAGAACAUCCAGCCCAAUAUCCUUGUCCUCGCGGUACAUUUAACAAUAGAACUGGAUUAACGAAUUCCAGUGAAUGUACACCUUGUACUGGUGGUAUGUCAUGUGAUGUAGAAGGAUUAUUCAGUCCUAUACGACCAUGUGAAGCUGGAUAUUAUUGUAGAUAUGGUGCUAUAUCAACCACACCAACACAAGGUGUUGAAGCAGAUGUCUGUCCUAGAGGAUAUUAUUGUCCAGAAGCUACUAGUGAACCUUUAGCCUGUCCCCAUGGAACUUACAGUCCCUCUCUGGGAAUGAGGAGUGUCGAUAUGUGUACCAACUGUACUGGUGGAUAUUACUGUAACCAAACAGGUUUAACAUCAGUAACAGGACCUUGUGAUGAAGGCUACUAUUGUCCUGUACAGUCCAGUACUUCCAGUGAACUGGUCUGUCCUAUUGGUUAUUAUUGUGGCGUUGCAACUGAGACCCCUGCUGCUUGUCCCAAUGGAACCUAUUCUAAUCAGACUGGGUUAACCAAGUCUAGUGACUGUAGUCAAUGUCUACCAGGUUAUUAUUGUAAUGGAUUCGGUUUGUCGGAUGUAAGCGGACCCUGUAAAGCAGGAUUUUACUGUCCAGAAGGAUCUAGUGUUGAGAAUCAAGUUAUCUGCCCAUCGUGUAGAUAUUGUCCACCAGGAACUGCAGUGCCACCAGUGUGUCCAGCAGGAUUGUACGUUGAUUUUGAUGGCGCCAGCGAAUGUCUUGUUUGUCCUGAAGGUUAUUAUUGUAUACCCGAGCUGUCAAUCAUUGGCAACCAGUGUACAUCUAAACAUCCCUGUCCUCAAGGUUUCUUCUGUCCUAAUGGUACUGGACAUGAUUGGCAGGCGUGUCCUGCUGGUAGCUAUAGUAACAACAGAGGUUUACGAUCAUCAUCAGACUGUACUACAUGUAGUCCUGGUCAAUAUUGUGCAGGAACGAAUCUAACAUCUCCUACAGGACCUUGUUUAGAAGGUUAUUACUGUAGUUCAGGAGUUGCUUCCCCUGCACCAUUAAUGAUUAACGACACCCAAUGUCCCACGGACACUGUUCAUCCUAUUGUUGGCAAUAUCUGUCCAACUGGUCAUUACUGUCCGCAAGGUUCAGACUUUCCCAUUGGUUGUGCUGCUGGUACCUAUCAAGAUUUAACCAAUCAAAAAGAGUGUAAGAGCUGUCCAAGAGGAUAUUAUUGCUAUGCCAACACAACUGACUACACCACCAAUGAAUGUCCAGCUGGACAUUACUGUGGCGUUAAUACAACUGAUCCCAACCUGAACCCUUGCCCGGCUGGCACAUUUAACAACGUGACAACACAGGAAGAUAUAACGAGUUGUCUCCCCUGUACACCAGGCAUGUAUUGUCAAGGUAAUGGUAAUAUAAUGCCUACAGGGAAUUGUACUGCAGGAUGGUAUUGUAUUAAUGGAUCAUCAGCAUCACAGCCGAGCUCAAACGGUGGAGAAUGUCAGCCAGGCUAUUUUUGCCCUGAAGGAUCUGUUACCAUGGAAAAAUGUACUCCUGGAAAAUACUGCCAGACACCACGACUUCCUGCACCAACUGGUGACUGUGACCCCAGAUACUACUGCCCUCUAGGGUCAAGUUUAUCCAAUCAAUUAGAAUGUACUAUAGGUCAUUAUUGUCCAAUGGGAACGGCUGUACCAGAAGCAUGUUCUAAUGGAACCUAUAAUCCAGUGACUCGUCUAUCGUCGGAAGGAGAAUGUCAGUCGUGUGAUGGAGGAUACUAUUGUAACGGAACUGGUCUGAGUGCUGUAAGCGGACCUUGUAAUGCAGGUUAUUAUUGUCCUGCUGGCCAAUCAACACCCACACCAUUUGAAUAUCUGUGUCCAGAAAACCAUUAUUGUCUGGAAGCAAGUGCCACACCCACCAGAUGUAAUUCUGGUUUCUAUCAGAAUGAACUUGGACAGAUACAGUGUAAACAGUGCCCUGAAGGAUACUAUUGUGAUAACAGUUUCUCGACAGCCGGCGAUCUAGGGAAUUUCACUUGUCCGGAAGGAUAUUACUGUCCGGCUCAAACAGAAAGAGCCAAUCAAUGGCCCUGUCCCAGUGGAACGUUUAAUAAUAAAACAGGACGUACAAAUAUCACAGAGUGUCAGUCGUGUAGUCCAGGUUACUAUUGUCAAUCAACUGGAUUAACUGUACCUGAAGGACUCUGUUAUCCAGGAUAUUAUUGUAAUGGAAGUACAAUUAAUCCGAACCCAACAGAAGCUGUAUGUCCAAUAGGAAACUAUUGUCCAGAAGGUAGUUACAAACCUCUACCAUGUCCAGAUGGUACUAUGUCCAGUAGUAUCGGAAACACCCAAAUCAACGAUUGUGAUCCAUGUAAACCUGGAAACUAUUGUACCCCAGAUAGUUCCAAAAAUGGUUUCAGUUUACCGUGUAAUGCUGGAUAUAUUUGUCUAAAUGGUUCCAACCUGCCCAACCCAACUGAUGGGAUCAAAGGUUAUAUCUGUCCAACUGGUCAUUAUUGUCUAGAGGGAGCUGUUAAAGAGAUACCAUGUCAGAAAGGAACGUAUUCACCACAUGAAGGGUUAGGUGAAUGUUUAGAAUGUGGGUCUGGACAAUCUUGUCCACAUCAAGGGAUGAAUGAUACAAUAGUAUGUCCGACUGGAUAUUACUGUCUAAAUGGUACAACAGAUAACGGAAAUCCAUGUCCCUUAGGUACGUACAGCCCGUUUGAAGGAUUAACGAGUUUAGAUGAAUGUUUAGGAUGUCCUCUAGGUAGAUUCUGUAACGAAUCAGGUCUGUCAACAAUAAGUGGUCAAUGUUCGGCUGGUUAUCUAUGUCUAGCCAAUUCUACGAGUCCUUCACCUAGUGAUAGUAUCAAUAAACUCUGUCCGGCUGGACAUUACUGUCUAGAAGGCUCUGUGAUGGCAACAAGAUGUCCAAGGGGAACAACCAGGAAUCAGACAGGUGGAGCUAGUGAGGCUGAUUGUUGGCCAUGUGCUGCUGGAUUUUAUUGUGACGUAGAAGGUGGUCUAGAACCGACAGGUGUUUGUCAAGAAAGAUAUUAUUGUCCUGAUUUCGCUAGAAUUGAAUCGUCUGCUCCAUCAGCGUUCUCUUGUCCUCCAGGCUAUUUCUGUCCAGAGCAGACGGGAAUUCCCAUUGGAUGUCCUCCAGGCACCUAUCAACCAUCCAAUGGAUCUAUAGAUUGUCUACCCUGUCCAGCUGGAUAUAUAUGUCUAAACAAUACCUCUGUUCCGGAACCAUGUCCCCCGUACUCCUAUUGUCCAAACGCCACUAUAGAACCCGUUCUGUGUCCCAAUGGAACAUACACAGACCCCACUACAACUGGUUUAAUUCAAGAGUCGGACUGUUUUACUUGUAUCACUGGUAAAUAUUGUAGCGGUGGACGUGUAGCAGGUGAUUGUACGGCCGGUUACCUCUGUAUGUCUGGAAUGAGUUUACCCAAUCCUGAUGUUUCUCUACGACCAGACGGCGGACCUUGUCCCUAUGGUUACUAUUGUCCUGCAGGAACUCUAGCACCUGUGACUUGUCCACCAUUAAAGUUCAUUGAUAAAGAAGGUGCUGCCACCAGUAGUGAAUGUCAGCCAUGUCCUGCUGGAAGAAUUUGUCCUGCGAAUUCCACUGUGUCGCAGCCAUGUCCUGCUGGCUAUUAUUGUGAAGUGUCACAGCCUGUGCAGCCGUGCCCGGCCCAGACGUACAACGAUAUCCCCGGAGCUGAAGAUAUCAGUUGGUGUAAAGCGUGUCCUGAAGGGUAUUGGUGUAAUAUAGAGGGAAUGGCUAACUAUACAGUCAAUCCCUGCUCUCCAGGAUUUUACUGUACAAAUGCUACAGACGCUCCAAGACCUUGUCCACCAGGAACUUACAGGGAUACGAUAGCAGCAGGUUCUAUAGAUGAUUGUACGUUAUGUCCUGCGGGAUAUUAUUGUCCAGAGUUUAAUAUGACCUACAGUGGUAUCCAGUGUGAUCUGGGACAACAUUGUCCAAACGGAGCUCAAAAUCAGACCAUCUGUCAUGCAGGUUAUUAUUGUAACAUGUCAAUGGCCCAGUUACCAUGCCCACCAGGUUAUUAUUGUCCAGAAGCUUCCAGUUUCCCCAUCCCAUGUCCUCAAGGUCAUUAUUGUGGCGCCGUCGAUGACUGCAACUCAACAAAUGCAGGUGCCAUAGAACCCAAGAAAUGUCCGCUUGGUUACAAAGAGUACAACGGAUCCCCUAGAAGAACAUUUGAAGACACGUGCGACCCCUGUUUGCCAGGAACUUUCGGAGCUCAUCCUGAUCGCGCUAUCUGUGAAUCAUGUCGUGCUGGAGUUGUCUGUAAAGCCAUGGCAACCACUGAUAGACCUGUUGCUAAUGCUAGUUCUCUAGCAUAUGUAGCUGGUUACCCAGCGACCAAUUCCUACAUCUGUCCACCAGGUUACUAUUGUCCGCAGAACAGUUCCCUACCGACGCCAUGUCCAGUUGGAACAUAUAACUCCGUAGAAGAAGCAGGAAGCAUCGGAGAAUGUACACCUUGUCACGUUAAUAAUUUUAAUAAUAUGGAAGCUCAAACUGGAUGUUUUUAUUGUGGAUCGGAAGCAUCUCAAACAAACACAGGUUCAACAACUUGCGAGUGUCUCGGAGCUGGUCGCGAUUUUCAGCCGAGUGACAGAACCUGCCCGUGUGCUGUGGGUUAUAUUGAAACAAGCAAUGGACAGGACUGUAGUAAGAAAGUCUACGAUCUGUGUCUGGAAGGCACAUACCGAGCUCAGAAUGGACAAUGUCUCAACGAAAAUGAAUGGCAGAUUUAUUGUUCACAAUACGUAUGUCUGGGAACCAAUGAUUACAAGGGUUAUGAUGGAUCUCUCGGUUUAUGUCUGUGUAAGGCUGAUGAUCUGGAAGUACUGUGUAACCUGGAAUGUCGUAAAGCACAACGAAACACGGUAACAUUUGUCUGUCCAGAGAAACCACUAGAACCAUACAUCAAUAUUCUGGAUGAUACAGGAGCGACUGCUAUUCAGAUACCCAGUAAGAACUUACUUACGGCCAUCAACUCUCGUAACGCCAUCACGGCAGAUCAGUGUGAAAACUUUAACGGAGCAUCAUUGGCCAUUCAUAUCGUGGAGAUGGGAAGCACUGGUUUCCUGGGAGUUUACAAUCCACCGAGUUCCCAACUGGUCACACUGGUUGAAGAUAAUACCAAGGGAAAUUAUACUGGAAAUAUCACCGUGGAUACCGAUUAUUCUACUAGUUAUUCGCGUCGGCGUCUGCUAGCCACGUCCAAUAAUACAGGAUCUUUAUUUACUGGUGUUUUGAACCCAACCGUCUGUCUGUCGUUUGGUGACUUGAUGUUCUUCUUCGUUAGUAACACGCAUUAUCCAAUAUAUGACAGAAAUAAUUUAUUUAACACCAAUGAUCAGUUUGAUUAUGGUGGAUUCCGAGCUCUGGUUGAAGCACAAUCACAGAUUGCCACGGCAACCACAUUAUUUGCCUAUAAGUUCUCGGAUCCUGGUGUUUACGUUUUCUACCUCAGUACCGAUUCAAACAAAAAAAUGUAUAUCCGUGUGAUGGAUCCUGAUCAACAGUGUACAGAAGACGGACCUUUCUUCCCGACAACCCCGCGAUACAUCAUACAGAACGGCAUCGCAGUCAGUCAAAGUAUACUCAAAGCACCAGAUUGGGCUAUUAUUUUUAUUCUCUUGGCGGCUGGUUUCCUUGCAAUGGCGUUGAUUAUUGUAGCUUUGGUUCUGUUCCGUAAAUACGGUUGGAGUAAGACCUCUUAUCUUUAUCCCUUAUAUCGUCGAUUUGCCCAGACGUUUAUAUUCGAUGAUUACGCCAGUAAGGGAUCAACAGUUCAUCCAGUGAAGAAAUACCAUCGAAAUCUACAGGCCAUUGCUGAUGCAGGACCAAAUUCAUCUAUAGCAACACAGGCAAACAUAUUGGAUGCUGAUACGAUUGAUGUCAAGAAUGAUGACUUCUGGGAUUACGAUCGGCAACUGGAUCUGGAGGCCUUCAGCGUCAAAACUCUGUACGACACUUUAUCUCAGCAAUCACGCAGUGUCACACAGACGAUCGGUAAGCAGAAAGAUGACGUCAAACAGAUGUACCAACGAAUAUCCAACCAAUCAGAAUCAUUGAAAGGUCUGUGGGCAGCCAAGAUGAAUUUGAAAGGAGGAAGCACAUCGGUCACUCAAGAAGACAUGGCCGGCUAUGAAGCCAAGUUGGAAGAACUGGAGAUCGAACUUGAAAGAAGAAAAGAUAUUGGUCGACAAUUUGAGACGAUUUUAAGUCGACAGGAAGAACUGAUAAUGGAUGAUGAAGCUGGACGAGAAAAUCACCAGGUUUCAUACCAGGCGUCAAUGAGAGAAUCAACGAGAAUAUUAACAGACUACGCUACCAAAACACAACAAGGUGACCACGACGACACGCAACACAAAGAUAUAGAAAAACGAGUUUCGCUUCUACUGCAGAAGAUGUCUGAAGAUGUGAAUUUAGAAUGUCAUCGUGUCGGGGCUUGGGGAAUCACGGGAGAAGGUACUGGAGGAUGUAUUGUUAAAUCUGGGUCAAGGACACCAAUGACAAGAGGAGAACUGAUUGGUAGUGACAUGACUGUUAAAGCCACAGAUCUGAUAACAUUAGACAAUAAAACAGGUUUAUAUCUUCCAAAAGACGAUUGUCAGAUGAUACUAGCAGACGAUACCUUGGUCAGGGUACCACCCGAAUACUUCAUACACCCACAGACAGGUCAUUGUCUACCUAUACAGGGUAACCUUGGUUACGAUUCCAUCUCAAAUAAACUCACAGUUCUUAUAGAUUCGGCUACAGGAGAAGCAGCCAGAUCAGACGAAUGUUUGAUUCCGUUUGUCCGACAUCCUACCAACCCAGACACUGGAGAACCGAUAUCUACAAAUCUUAAACCUGUAGACAAUAAAAACAACUUGAAAUACGGACAACCAAUGACAGAUCCCGUUACAGGCAUGCAUGUACCAAUAGUUGCCAUGACAAUACAUCCAAAAACUGGAAGCUUGUUGCCGAUUGGUGGAAUUCAUACUGAUCCUGUCACAGGACUACCAGUUGCUAUAGAGAUAGGUUCCAUGAUGAUUGAUCCCAAUAGCGGACGAACAGUGCCGAUUUUAUCUGUGGCACUUGACCCAAAGACGGGCAUCGUUCUACCUGUAGGUGGCACCAAAGCCAGUAACAAUGGCAACAUUCCCAUCAUGCCAUUUGACUCGUAUGUCGAUUCGUUAAGUAAUAAGCUUGUCCGUGUCCAGAGUGGAUAUCUGGGUAAAUCUGAUGUGCUGCCAUCUGCUGGUGGUUACCAAGCUCUCUUAGAUUCUAGUUUCCUUGCGUGUGAAGCGAGGGUCAUUGAUUCUAUCAAAGAAUACAAGGACGCCAUCUUGAAUUCAGGUGACGUGGGUAACUUACGUCGUGAAGAAAACAACUUAAAUGUUGCUGUACGCGAGUUGGAGAAAGCUCAGACCAGAAUGCGAGCUCAUCUUCUACGAUUACGCCACGAUAUCUCCAGGCGUAAAGAAAAGGUGGAACUAUUAGCAGUAACAGGUGGUUCCCCAGGUAUGUUUGAAGACAGUAAGACUGGGCAACUGUUACCUAUAUUAAUUGGUACCAACAUGUUGGAUCCUGCUGGUUCUGGGAAACUGGUACCUGUACUUGGUGCUGAACGAGACAUGAAAACAAAUAGAGUUAUUCCCCUUGGUGGAACUAUGGAGGACCCACAAGGCAAAGGUUUAAUUCCGAUAAUGAUUGGAAGAAAGGCGGUUGAUCCGGUGACUGGGGAUCUCAGUCCCAUCAUUUCUGUUCGUAGAAAUCCAGAUACCAAACAAACACUCCCCGUCACCCUGUCAUCAGGUGGUCACAGGAAACAGAAGGCUCCACCUGGUGCUCUAGCAGUGUUAGAAGAGGAACUGGUUGCCAGGAGAGCAUUCUGGCGACGGCAGAGACAGAAGGAACAAGAGUUGACGAAACGAGAGCACGGACUGACCCAGAAACUUCUGUACAGCAUUGAUACCAUGAGUUCUCGUAACGUCGGCAAAUAUAUCGAAGAUGUCGAAAGUCUCGCAAAUCAUCUGAACGAAAAUACAAAACACGAAGCUCAAAGACGCGGAGCUGCUGAACAAGAUUUUGUUGCUGUUCUUCCACCAGCUGUUACAGCCAUCUUGACAGCAGGUGACAAACGUGAACAUGAAGUCGAGGAAUCACACGUCGUGGCUCAUGUCAAAUUUGCAGACUUAGUGAAGAAGUUCUUCACUAAACUUCAGCAGGAAGAGAAGCGAUACAAAGACAGAAUUGGUGAACUGGAGGGCGCCAUGAAUCCUGAAGCUGAACAUACGGUUCUUCAGAGAUACAAACAAGCCAAGAAACGACUUCAGGCAGAAUUGGCCAAUCAGAUCAACUCACGCAUGGAGAAACUUGAUCAAGAGCACUCAACAUUGGAGUACGCUAGACAAUUUUCAGAAUUGUCUGCCCUUGAAGCUAAGAUCUUGUUGACUCGCAGCGCUCUUCUGGCCGGAGAUUUUGACUCCUCGUUGGGUGGUGUUUACGGAGAUGCUGAGCAGUCAAGUAAGGAUGAUUCAGAGUUAGUUCCCUUGUUGAAGCAAUUGAUAGCCAUGUUGGAAUCCGGUGGACCGUUUUAUCUCUCCCCGGAACUUCUUAACCUCAUCUACUCAGGUCAAGGUGGUGACGACCUCUCUAAUUUGAAUAAACAAGGUAAAAGUUUGAGACCCAAGCAGGAUUUGUCAGGUUUAUCUUUAGAUGAGAAUGACGACCACGAAUCUGAAGAUGAAGCUAAAAAGAAGAAGGUUAAAGUUAAGCAUCUGACGAAAUCGAUGCCGUCAAGUACAAAGACUGAUGUCUCAGAUACCACAGUCGUUAUCGGGGAUCCAUCAAAACUAAAAACGGGAAAAAUGUCAGACGCCGAAAGACAACAGCAGGAAAAAUAUCUUUUUGAGAAACAGGCGUACGAAGCUGCAAAGUUAGAAAGCAAGCUGAAAGCUGACGAAAUCAACGACAUGAACGACACCCUGGAUCAAUUUGAAAACAAGAAGAAGACCAUGAUGUCGGAUGUUGGAGAGGUUUUCCGUAAAAAGAUGGCUGAAGCUAAAACUGAACAAGACAAGGAGAAACUGAUGGUGGAGUACGCCAACAAUUUGACUCGAUUGGUUGAUGGAAUGGAGAAACAAAAGCAGAAACAACUUGACUCACUACGAGAGAAAUUGUUAGAGAGACGGAGAAAGAAGAAGAAAGAACUCCAUAAUGAACAUAUAACUGAGGCACAAGGUGCUGGAGUAUCACCAGAUAUGGUACCAGAUAUAAAGAUGAAGUCCCACGAAGAGUUGAACCAUGAUUUGUUGGCGUUACAAAAACAAGAAGAAGAUUUACACGUUGACCUGGAUACGGUUGAUCGGGGCGAUGUCCAGGGUAUUAAAUUCACGGACGGAGAUUUGGCCGUGAAGUUGAAACAACUCGGCUUAACGCAGGAACAGAUAGACCAGAUUCUCCAGACAACGAACAACAAAAAUAAACAACUUCAAUCUACGUCGCAAAAACUUCUUGAAAAACUGAAACAGAAGAGUAAGAAUCAAGGGAGAGAAUUGAGUCCGUCUGAUUUGAAGGGCCUAACAGAACAGGAAGUAGAAUUAAUGAAGUCUGUCAGCGAGAAACAGACGAACGCAGAUAAUCUUUUGACUGACGAGAUUUUGAUGAAAGAAUGGAAGAAGAUGGAGGAGGAGGAAAAACGUCGAGCUCAGGAAAUAGCUCUUCAAGAUAUGAUAAAAGACAAGACGUCUGAAGAGAGAGAGCGAAUCAUGAACCAGUUUAAAAAGGAUAUCAAAAACAUCAACAGACAGCGAGAGCACCAACUGGAAGGUCAAAAGGACAGGCUUUACGCAAAACUUGCUGCCAGAAAGAGAAUGAACGAGCAGUUAGAGAAAGACCGCGCCGUUGCUGCAGAACUUGAUCACGUGACCAAAUCACACGCCUCAAAAUCUGAUAUAGAAUCUGCCGACGUUAUCAGUGAAAUAAGUCAGAAGUUGAACGGAGAAUUAACGGAAGAACAGAAAAGGUUGGUUGAAGAACAGAUGCGUCGACAAGAGGAAUUGGAGAAGAAACAACGUGAAGACAAGCGUAAAAUAGAAGAUGAGAUUGAAUCGGAACUCAACAAGAAUUCACAAAAUAUCACGGAACAGAUCAACGAAGAAAAACAACUGGCGUUGGAUGCUCAUCAAGCGAAGUUUGAACGAGAUAUUUUAAUACGUGGAGACAAAUUGUCCGAAGAAGAAUAUAAACGAUUGAUGCGUCAACACAAAGAAGAGAAGGCAGCCAUUGAAAGAAAUCUGAACACGGAAAGAGAAAGACAAAAUCAAAACCUCAAACAAAAGUUGGCUGAACGAAGGAGAGCAAAAGAAGCAUUGAUAAACGAAGAGAACCAACGUAAAAUGGUGGACGAAUUGAAUCAGCAACAAAUAGAACGAGAUCAACUUAACGAGAAAAUAUCAAAAGAUGUGGAAAAUAAAACAUUAGCUCAGAACAUCCAGGGCAAAGAUGGUCAUAAAGCCGAGAACAUGAUUUACAGUGUGUUACGUCAACGCCACAUGAAGGAGGCAAUACAUCUAGAAGAACAGUUAGCCAGAGAAAGGGAGGCUACUCUAAAACAGAGUGUAGCAGAAUUAGAAGAGAACAGAGAAUCUGAACGAGAAAGAUUGGUACAAUCACUUGAACAGGAAUUAAUGGAGUUGGUGGCCAAUGCUGGUUCGAUGUCUGAAGAUGAACUUGAAGGGAAAAAAUUACAGUUGAAACAACAACACAAGAAAUUAUUGAACGAAUUUGAUAAUUUGACCAAAGAUAUGGUCAUCCAGACAGAAAAGGACACAAUGAAACAAAUAGAGAUAAGGCAAACCCACAAACGUCUGGAUAUGAAAGACAAACAGCUUCAGGAAAUUGCUAAUGCUAUGAAAGAGUUCUCUCCCGUGGAUGAAUUAAAACAGCAAUAUGAAGAUGAGGCUAGAAAAAGUCGAGAAGAGGCUAAGAAAUAUCGUGAAGAAGUUUUACAGAAAAUGGAGGCCGAUUUACAAAAACAGAAAGAAGAACAAAGAGCACAAGAAGAAGAGAAACGCCGUCUGAUGAAAGAACAAUUAGAAAAAGUGGAGAAAGAACUGGAAGAGGAACAUAAGCGUGAAAUGGAACGACAGAAAGAAAGAGAAGCUGAAAAAUUACGAAUUAAAAAACAACAGAUUGAAGAACGCAACAGAAAACAAAGAGAAGAGAUCAGCCAAUCAGAUGCUAGCCAGGCUGAAAAAGAUAGACUUCUUCGUGAACAUUCUAUGAACAUCGAAAAACUGAAUAAAAACCUUCAAGAGGAACAAAACCGAAGCCAAGAUACUCUUAAAGCGAAACUUGAAGCUCGUAGAAAACGAAAGCAUGACAUGGAAGUCGCAAAAUUAGAAAAACAAACUCUGUUGGACACAAAUCAGGAUAAAGAAGCAGAAUUAAGGAGAAAACAAGCUGAAGAAAGGUUACAGAGUUCACCACUAGAGGGCAGUAAGAGUGUUAAACCGUCUGCUCCUGUUGUCAAUAGUAACCUGAUGUCAUCUGGUAAUAUGGAACAAGAUUGGGUGAAUCUAUUAAUGUCUUCUCCUCUGUUUAAACAGAUCAAUGAUUUGGAAGCCAUGUUGAAUGAUAAUCAAGCUUCAACUCUUCCCACUGAUAAAAUACAAGGGGGAGAUUACUCUAGAUCGUAUAUAGAUGUUAAAGAUGCUCAGUGGAUGUGUGGAGGUAAAUUAGAACCAACAGAUAUCAACAACAUCUCAGCCAGUCAAUUUGUUAUAUACAGAUUUGGUGUAUUCAUUGUACGUCUGCUACAUGAUGCCAUCAAUACUCCUGAUGUAACUCUACUCCUUGCUUCUAAUCUCCCUAACAACAAUUACCAUAACAACGCAUACCGUAACUCAGUUUAUUACGAACAUGCUAAAAAGAUUUUAUUUAUACGAAAAGAGAGAAUGGAAUCUAUUGGUGAAUUUGUAAUAGUAGUCCUUCAUUCAUUGGCUCAUAUCAAGAUUGGUGAUUUGACCAACGAUGGCGACGCCCUCUUCUUACGAGAAUUCUACAAGUGUCUACGAGUCGUUUGUCAGGAUAUGUUCUUCUCUCGUUCCAACAACACCUCCUCUCUACCAUCAGUCUCUCCAACAACUGAUGGGCGUGGUCUGCUAGAACAGGCCUUUACAGGAACACGAACACCAGAUGACAAGUUGAAUGUAAUUGGUGAAUUGGUUGAUAUGAAGGUAGAUGGACCAACCAGAUUAGACUUCUCACAUCAGCGAAUGAGUCAGCGUGUCUAUGGUUACGAGAGUAUGGCAAGUAAUGCACGAUUACGUCAAUAUCUCGCAUCAAAGGGAGGUUACCUAACAUCUGGAGAUUUUAUAAGUAGCCGAAUGUCGGAGUUACGUGGACAGACUAGUCCAACAUCUACUCCUAAAUCAAGCCCAACUCAUAGAGUCAAGGGUUUGGUGAAUCUACCUGCUACUCCUAGAGAUCUCCUAGAUUCCCAGAUUGUUCGACUUCAGACACGAGCUGAUGAUCUAAACAUUCAACUCUCUCAGGUUUUGAAGUCGGAAUCGGCUGUUCGAGAUAGUUUGAAGAAUCUCUCGGAAGGAAAAGACAGCGAAAAAAUCGAGACAUUAAGAAAACAAACUGUGACCUUGGCAUCACAACGUACUGACCUUUUAAAACAGUUAGCGACUAUCGAAACAGAAAUGAGACAAAAAGAAAAGACCAUGAAAUCCAAGAAGUAAAUUGAACAAAGUGCUUAUUCAUUUCCAUAAACUUUUAUUAAAAUGAAUUGAUUUGUUUGUAUAUAUAUAUAUAUAUUUAUGUACAUAUUAAAGAUGCAUGUAUGCAAGAUUUAGAUAAAGAGAUGGUCGUUCUUGCUAUAAUAGUUCAAAAAUGAAUAAUGAAUAUAUUGAAAAUUUCAUUCAAGUUACUUUAUUCUGGGUGAACUUAUCUCUGUUUGAAAUAUAGCAAAGCUCGUUCAUUAUCUUUGCAAGGUACUUUGCGACUGAGACUUGGCCUCCAUUGUCCAUUUUAUCAUUAAUUUUUUAAAUCAUGUGGAUGUUUAAAUCCAUUUAAAUCACGACCAUCCGAUGAUCUAGGGACUUGAUUAUAGGCUUGUCGUGUUAAUAAAUGUCUAAAUCCUAGUUUAUAUAACAUUUGAAGCCACAUAUAAAAACCUGUAAUAGACAGAUUAAGCUCUUGCAUAAUGCAUCUUUAAUGAGAAUGACGACAUUAUUUAAAUGGAGGUUUAUAAAGUGCCUAUUUUAUUGAGCAAUACUGUGAUAUUAACAUGUAUUUUAUAUUUCACGUUUGUUUUUCAUAUAAAAAAAAAAAUUAAUAUUUAAUUUAUUUCUCCUCUGUUAAAUAUUUUUUAGUGAUUUGUUUUAAAUGAAAAUAUCUCCUCCUGUGGUCAGUCUCUGACCUUUGACCUGGCUUGUUGACCUCUGACCUGGUUUGUUGACCUUUGACUGAGGAGGAAAAUCUGAAUCACUUUAUUUUUGAAUUGUAUUUAAAAGACACUUUCACCUUCCUAUAGUCGUGGGGUUGGGAUUUCGAGGGGCCUCAUAAGUGUUCACUUCCCUAUAGUCACGGGGGUUGGGAAGGGGCCGUGUAAGUGAAAUAGCCUAGUGCCCGCUUUCAUCUAAAUCUAGCGAUGAAACAGAUAAUUAAAUCAAAUGUUUAUAAUUUUUAUUUUUGUAUAAUUUUAUAUAUGUUGAUAUUUAUUCUGAUAUAUAACCUGCACCUCAGUAAUUUACCGAUAUAUGUAUAUUAUUUCACAGUGUGUGGAACUUUGGGCCUUUGCAAUUAUUUACUAUUGUUUUCAAAUGUUUAUAUAAUUACUCUGAGAUGCAAUUGUUUGAAAAUAUACAUAUUUUCUCGUCCAUUUAAAAUGUAGCUUUUAUACUUUAUGUAAAUAUAUUUUAUAUAAGUUGUAAUAAUUGUAAAAGUUCAAGAACAUACUUUUUUCCGUCCAGGUGACUUAUUUGUUCCUGUUAUACAGUAUUCCGUCCAUUUCUAUUCCAAAUUUUAACGUAAGGCCUUAAAAAAAAUAUUCUGAUUCUCAGAUACUCUUGCAUCACUUAAAGGACAAUAUUGGUGUCAGUCAUUAUCACUUUUGAAUUGUCAGAUAUCCUCUCACAGUCUCACCUAACAACUUUUGCUCUUCGAAGGAAUUAUUAGUGAGCAGAAAUUCGCCCGCGUAACUGUUAUCACUCGUCACUUCAGUCAUUCAUAUAGAAGGAUAACUUGUGUUUUCCUUCUGUGUUCGUCACUUCCUUUUGUAGAAAUCUUGAUUACGCAUCUAUCGUAGCAAUGAUCUCUGUUAAAAUUAUAUUUGGAAAGCGUUAACCAGUUCUAUCACACAUGUGAUAAUGACUGACACCAAUAAUGUCCUUUAAAAAGGGCGACAUGACCUGUUUUAUUUCAAAAAAUAAAAACAGUUACAUUAAUUACCACAGAUAAAUGUUUUACUUCAGUUACAGGAAGUAAAAAUUUGAAGUGCAUGAGACCCUGUUGAUACCACUUAAGUUUAUGUAUUCAAGAUACAUAAACAACCAUUACAUAAAAUCGAUUAAUACAUAAUUGAAGUACAGCAAGAAUUUUCGUUCACAGUAAAAUUCUAUUCCUAAAUUUGGAAUAUUGGCUGCACGCAGACGAGACUUUCACAAUGGCGGGUCAUUUCAAAUGAAUUUUGAUUGUGCUAAAUUCUACAUGAAAAUAGUGUUGGAUUAUUAUAAAUUUGUGUUGGAUCGGAUGUGGCAAGAAAUGAUUUCUUUUGGCAAACAAAGAAGAAUCAUGGUGAAAAAUAGACUGUAAGGAUUCUAAAAUAGCCUUAGAAUCAAGAUGGGGGAAAAGCCUUAUUUUCAUAUGAGAUAAAAUGUAGUCCCUUGAAAUGUGAUGUGAGAAUUCAUUUAGCCCAGUAGUAACUUGAUCCUUUUAACAAAAUAAAAACACAAAAAUAAAAACCUUCAUUCCACAUUGGAGUGUUUGAAGGGAUUAUCUGAGAAGCGGAAUAUUUUUUUUGUUUUUUUUAUAUUAUAUAUCUCUAUAUUGUUAAACGUUAAAUUAGUAAUCUGUUCCGUCCAUUGUUUUUUCCAGGAGUGAUUAUUUUUCAUUCAUUUAGUUAUUUUGAUUCAACUCAAGACCACAGGUGCUUAUUAAAUGGAAAAAUCUGUUUCAGAAAUAGACCGAAGCUAAAUAUUAUGCCUGAAGUCGAUUAUUUUCAUAUACCCUAAACAAGAUAAUUAAAUUGAAGGGACAAAUAACCGGUUCGAAUAUUCUCGAACCACCUAACAGUAGAAAUACUUCAGGUAGGAAACCACAAAUCCACCUCCCUUAUCUUUAAUUUUUUUCCAUUAUCAAUUUUGUUCCGCCAACAGCGUUAUACAUGUUCGUUUUCUAGGAUCAUUGCAGUUUCUAACACAAUUAACUGUAUCCAACACAAAAUAUUAUUUUGUAAUAAAAUGAUUUCAUGGGUUUUUUUUAUCUUUUGACCGAGAUUUUCUAUUUUACAAUCGCCUUUGCGUAAGAUUGUUGAUCAAAAAGCCUUGAAUCUGUGAAGCUUUAAAUAAAUUGUGAUAUUUCUUUAUGAAGUUGUAUAGUUUAUGUCAUUGAUGUUGUAAAUACCGAGACUGACCUACAUAUGUAUUAUUUAUAAAACCUGAUACUAUGUGAAUCAAACUAUAAUAAAUAUUAUAUUUCUA